AUGGGCAACUCUAGCUGCGAUAAAAACUCGGUCCGCUUUGCAGAGGGCACAAACUUACCUUCUCCGCCAUCUCAGGACAUCACUGGAGAAUUCCUCGGCAACAUUGAUCCUCUACUCGAUAGCACCUGCUCGCCGCACCUCAUGGCCGGGCAGUGGAGCCACCAGCAGGCAAUGCAGCAGUAUCUCGGGGACGGCCAAAAGACUGCGUUCCUCCAUCUCUCACUGGCUUCACAGCCCUAUCAUCACAACGCUGCGCGGCCAGUGCCAAUCAUGCCAGCGGCAUCACAGCCCCGUUACACCUCGCCUUUCUCCUUCCACGCCACGUCCUCGACCUGCAGCAGUGCCCUCAGCCCCACGGGAGGAAGUGACUCCAACUACGAGGGCAACAUACCCUCGACGCCUCCCGAUCAUAACAUGACCACGUCCGCGCAUAACGGGUUCCUUGCUGAGAUGCAGCUGCACCACCCUGUUCUCUAUCAUUGCACGGGCAUGGCGACCUGCGUGAGCCUGGACGAGGUCAACCCGAACCAGGAACUCCCCGUGGAGAGCGUGCCAAAUGACAACAGCUUCUUCGAGUACGCUCCUAGGAGCUACAGCUACCACAGCUACAGUAGCCAAUGCGAGCUGGACUACGGGAGCCAACAGGCACCAGCCGACUUCGAGAUGAAACGAGCGUCCAGCCCGGAGGACAUAGGCACCGAUAUCAAGGACGAGAUCCGGAUCCCAGAUCACAGACCGCAAUGGGACAACUACCCUCCUCCCCAGCCCGAGGAAGAUCCUUACCCUUCCAGUGCCGAAGAGGUCCCCGUGCGGAAGCCCAAGAGGGAGCAUGACGACGACGACUACAAGCCCGGCAGACGAUCUUCCAAGCGACGCAUCCAGCCUGCCGCAGCGCCCCGGAAGCAGCUAGGCCGCCCGAAGAACAAGCGCCUCGUCCCUUCGCGUUCACAGCAGCCGGAUACGAAGGAGAGGAAGACCAAGAUCGACAGCCUGCCGACGGCGGGCAAGAGGCACAGCUGCCCCGAGUGCCAGGGUGGCGAGCGGUUCCGCAAUGUCACCGAGCUACAGAACCACAUGAACCACAAGCACAACCGGCACUUCCGCUGCGUGUUCGACUUUGCCGGCUGCUUCUCGACCUUCUCGAGCAAGAACGAGUGGAAGAGGCACGUCAUGUCGCAGCACAUCGUGCUCACGUACUGGCUCUGCACGCAGGGCACGUGCGCCGAGAUCGCCAACCCGCCCUCCACCACCACCUCCUCCUCCGGCUCGGGAGAAGCCGGCGCCGCCGGGCCCAGCCUGCCCAACGGGUCCAUCUUCAACCGCAAGGACCUCUUCACGCAGCACCUCCGGCGCAUGCACAGCCCGGAGAGCAUCAGGCGCGCGACCAAGGCGCUGCAGAAGAAGACGUCGUCGUCGACGGCCGCCGCUCCGUCGGCCUCGUCGUCGUCGUCCACGGCCGCGGACCAGGCCGAGAUGCAGGAGUACGAGGACUCGCUGCCGGACUUGCAGAGAAUGGCGGAGAGGUGCCGCUGCAAGUUGCCGACGCUCAUGGGCUGCCCGUCUGCGGGCUGCGGCCAGGUCUUCGAGGGCAGCGAAGCGUGGGACCAGCGCAUGGAGCACGUCGCCAAGCACCUGCAGCGCGAGGGGCGCGCCUCGUCUUCUUCUUCCACGACGGCGAACUCUGGCGCGUCGGGCAGCGAUGCCGGCACCGGCCGCGUCAGGUUCGGCGGCGAGAACGACGGCGAUCUUGUCGCGUGGGCGUCGAGGCCCGACGUCGCUGUCAUCCGGAGGGUGGCGGCGGCGGCUGCGGACGGGAGCGGCGAGCAGCAGUGGGAGCUGAACAACAACCGGCCCACGAGCGCUGAGUCCGGGCCCGGGUCGUCGUCCGCCUGCGGCGGCGGGAGGUCUUCCGGGUCCAGGGGCAGCCGGGUUGUGCCCCGGGUCAUGGCUUCCUCCACUGUUGUGGUUGGGGGAGUUGGCGGCGGCGGCGGCAACAACAACGAGGAUGUUGAUGCCGAGGGCGAGGAGGAGGAGUGA